AUGGCAAGUAAUCUUACACGUACUUUCUUGAUGGGUUCACGAGUCGUACAAACAAGUUUUGUACGUACACUUGCUACUGGACAAGCAAAAGGCCCUAUGGAUUAUGUAAAACAAGGUGUUGAUCAACUUAGUCAAGCAGCUGAAAAAGUGAAAGAAGCUGCCAGUAGUGCUGCAUCAACUGUUGUUGGUGCUGUUACUGGUGAUAAUAAUGCUAAUAAAAAAGUUGAAGAUGCUAAAGUACAUGGUGAUCGAGCUGCUGAAAAUUUUCGAACUGCAGCUAAUCAAGCACAAGGUCGUUCUGGAUAUGGAACAACAAGUAGCAGUCCAUCACGUUCUGGUAGUUACUCUAGUGAACAGUCAACCACAGAGAAAAUUAAAGAUAAAGCAAGUGAAUAUGCUGAACAAGCAAAAUCAACAGCUAGUGCAGCUAGUUCAACAGCUAAAAAUUAUGCUAGUCAAGCUGCCGAUAAAGCUCGUGAAGUUGCCGAUGAUGUUGCCAAGUCUGCUAAGAAUGCCGCUAAUAAAGCAUCUGAAUGGGUGAAAGAUGCUAAAGAAGAUUUAUCAUCAGAUUCUAAACGUACUGCUGAUGCAGCUAUUAAUAAAACUCGUGAUGCAGUUAAAAGUGGUGCAGAUAGUGUGAAAUCAGGUGCUGAUAAAGCUGCCCGUCAAACCAAAAAGACCUAUUAA